CACACACACACACAACAAACAAACAAACAAACAAAGGAAAAGUGCUCAAAUAGUCAGAAACUCAAUGAAUUGACCCAUUUUAGAGAUCCAAAACACCGGCCACUAGUCAGAGUUGGGAGAGAAACCAAAAACAUAGCUCGAAAGAGAGAGAAGGAUGGUGAGCAAAACAGAGGAAACCCAAUUGAACAGGCUUGAGAAUCAGGUAGACAAUGGAGGAGGAGGUGCUUGGGAGUAUCUUUGCCUUGUCAGGAAGCUUAAAGUUAGGCGUUCAGAGAAAGUCUUGAAACAUGGCUUAUCGAUCUUAAAUGACCCCAAAAAACGAUCUGCUCUUGGCCCCGAAGAAUGGACUCUCUAUGAGCAGGUAGCUAUAGCUGCUAUGGAUUGCCAAUGUCUAGAUGUUGCAAAGGAUUGCAUAAAGGUUUUGCAGAAGAAAUUUCCGGAGAGCAAAAGAGUUGGUCGGCUGAAUGGCAUGUUGCUUGAAGCAAAGGGAUCCUGGGCUGAGGCAGAAAAGGCUUACUCCAGUCUUUUAGAGGACAAUUCUCUUGAUCAAAUAAUACAUAAGAGGAGGAUAGCCAUGGCAAAAGCUCAAGGAAAUAUUUCAGAGGCUAUUGAAUUGCUUAAUAAAUAUCUCGAAAUAUUUAUGGCGGAUCACGAGGCUUGGAGAGAACAAGCAGAGCUAUAUGUCUCCCUACAAAUGUACAAGCAAGCAGCAUUCUGCUAUGAGGAGCUUAUUUUGUCUCAGCCUACGGUUCCGUUAUAUCAUUUGGCCUAUGCUGAUGUGCUCUACACACUCGGUGGACUAGAAAACCUUCAGACUGCUAAGAAAUAUUAUGCAUCCACUAUAGACUUGACUGGGGGUAAGAAUACCCGAGCACUUUUCGGAAUUUGCUUGUGCAUCUCAGCCAUAGCACAGGUUUCAAAAGGAAGGAACAAGGAAGACAAGGAGAGUCCAGAGCUCCAGUCUUUGGCAGCAACAGCCUUGGAGAAAGACUACAAGCAGAGAGCCGCCAAUAAACUCGGUUUGCUUACUUGUUCUUUAAGAAGUUUGAAAAAUUAGUCUUGAAAAUUUAGUCUCAACACCGAUGACGUCGAUUGAACACUUGAAUUAUUGCCCCAUACUCUAGAACAGAAAAGGGGGUUGACGAUAACUUUUAUGUUUUAAAGAUUCAAAAUUUCUGUCUCCGACGAAUUUGAGUUACAAGUCGCCAUUCAUGUGUGCUGUCCACUUUAUUUUGCCAUUCCUGUUAUCUGUUUGAGGUUUUGAUGUAUUAUUUAGCAUACCGCCAUAAAAAAAACUAGAAAACUUAUGAGAUGAUUCUUCUUUCUUUCUCGUAAUUUCAUAUUUGGAACAUCGCCAUCCACUCGGGACUCGAGUUCGAGUGUCGGAUACAAAAAUAUAUUUGACACAAGUAUGUUCAUCUUU